AUGCCCCCACCACCCAGCAAGCGAAGCAGCAAGGGCGAGGACAGCGUCGGCGCCCUGCGCACCAUCACCUCGCUGCUCAGCACCUCCGAUACCGCUGUGCUCCCCACACACAUACCCACGAUAGUGUCGCUACUAUAUUCGUCGUCCGUGCUGGAAUCAUGCCACGCCCUCGCAAAUGCGCAGCAGAAGAAAAAGUCCUCAGAAGACGCGGGUGUCCUGCUGCACAAGUACAAGACUCGGAUCUCGGCGCUGCUGCAGAGCAAGACGGCGCAGUCACGGUGGUGCGGUGCUGCGCUGGUGAAGGCGAGUGUUGAGAGCAGCUGGGAGUGUUUGGCGGGGCAUGGGAGUGUUUGGAUAAGGCUUUUGGUGCCGUUGUUGGCUAGGCCGGAGCCAACAGCGACCCACAGAGUGAUCAUUGCGACGCUUGCGCGGGUGUUUACGGCGUUGACGGAGAAUAAGCCGACGCUGGUGCGCGAGAUUGUGGUUCCCAAUCUUCCGGCGACGAUUGGGCAUCUUCUCGCUGCCACGGAGUCCGAGAAUGAGCUUCUUGCGGUGGUGUUGGAGGCGCUGCGGGAUAUCCUUCAGGCGCACCCUGUGACGUUCAGGCCGUUUGCGCAGAAGACUUAUACGCUUGUGCUAAACGUGCUCUCGUCUGCGAACUCUGCUUGUUCGGUCGAGGAGAGACUGGCAAGGGAGAUAUUUGCGCUGCUGCAUCUGUGUGCGUCGGGGUCCUCUUCACGUGGAAUCACCAAUAACACUGAUGGCUCGAGCUCAUCCGGCGGGAAUAACAAGGCCACCGCUGUGGCAGACGAAUGGACCAGAGGCUUCAGGGCCGUAAUCGAGGACACGCACCUAACACUCAACACGCUCUUUCGCUGCGUGAUCGAGGACAGCGACUAUGGCAGCCAGCGCAGCGACGGUAAAAAAGAGCUCACCUCCGAAGCCCACGGCACCUCAACUCUCGGCCUAUCAGACUGGAAAGGCUUAACGGACGGCGUGGAGCGAGUCAGUGUUCUCCUGCGGCAAUUGCAGUCAUUCUUCACGCUUCCGUCCACCGCACAGGUCUCGAUACCAAUUGGACAGCUCAUAGACCUUACCACCCGCAUCUUCAGCAUUGCCCCGUCGUCCGCCCAGAUCAACCAGGCCGUGGAGCGCUCAGAGCGAGAAUUUGUGUUUGCACGCCUCCCGGAGCUGCAGCGGGGCGCAUUGAACCUGCUAUCAACAGUCCUUGCCCGCCUCGGCAGUCUGUUUAUCCCCUUUGCUCUCAUGCUCAUCGACCAGAUUGCCCACGUCUUCGCCGAACAGGGCUGGAACUCCGAGGUCAAGAUGGCAAUCUACACUCUCCUCAACACCCUCCUCGAGACCUUCGGCAGCGGCCUUCCCAAGCCCAGCGUCCACGCCAUCCACACCAUCCUUUCCAGCACCUGCGACGAGCUCCUCCCCCCCGCAUCUCCCGCCGCAGCCCCCACAACCACAACCACCACCGCACCCCCCAAAGGCGGCAUCGGAAAACCCAAGAACAGCACUUCAAACGGAACAGCAGGGCAGAACUUCCACGCCGAUGCGUUCCUCUCGGUCCUCCCUACAGGCGGGAGGUUUGUGCAUUCGGGUCUUGUGGCAGCGGCGGAGACGCUGCUUGCGACGGCGCUGGCGAGGCUGCCGACGGCGUGUGUGCGCUCGGAGCUAAGGACGAAGAUGGAUCGGACGGCGGUGCUGACGGGGAAUACGGAGGCUAUGCUUGCUAGUGUUUUGUUCCCGCCGCUGGGGGCGAGGAGGGGGGGUGCUGUGCUGCCGCAUUUGGUGGGCGCGGGGAGUAAGAAGGCGCUGGUUAUUGAGGGGGUUGUGAGGCCGAGACUGCCGGUGAUUUGGACGGGGAAGAGAAAAGCUGGAGAGGAAGAAGACGACGAGAUGGAAAUUGCAGAGGAGCAACCGGAGGAUGAUGAUGAGGAAGACAGCGAGGAAGAAAACGAGGAGGAGAGCGUCGGCCCACUUGCUUCCUAUAGCAAAAAGCCCUAUCCCGUAGAAAUGGAGACCACAUCAGACGAAUCCCCGUUUAAACGCCAGAAAACGGAGGCCAUGAACUCCACAAUGCAGGAAACCAUCGCAGCAAGAAAACCAUCACUGCUGGAUGAUAUGAUACUAGCCCAGGCCGCCGCCUUAGCCCAAUCAUCCGCUGCCGCUGCAGCUCCAGCGCCCGAACCACUACUACAAGCGUCAGCACCGCAAUCCAGCAUCACAGCGGUUUCCUCUUCCUUCGUAUCAACCACUGUAGUAUCUGGUGAGACGCAUGUCGAGACGACACAGCAGCAGAAGAAGACUACGACAACCACGGUAGAGAAAUCAAGGGACUUUACCGAAGGCGGUGAAAGUGACGACGAUAUGGUGAUCCCAGAGAUUGUCAUGGGCGGUGACAGUAGUGAGGACGAAGACGACGACGAGGAGUAG